UUUGAGCCCUACACUGACGUGAAAGCUGGACUUUUAUUGUGAAGUAGCUGCGCCGACGCUAGUCUGUGUGUCGCUGUGCUCCUGUGUUCAGUUUGGAGCGGCGUUACAUCAGGGCGCGGGAGGAUCUCUGAGGCGGUGUCCCUGGCUGUGUGGCCUAAAGAAGGAUGCAGACAAUAAAGUGCGUCGUUGUUGGCGAUGGGGCGGUGGGGAAAACGUGCCUUCUCAUCUCGUACACCACCAAUGCCUUUCCCGAAGAAUACAUCCCCACCGUGUUCGACAACUACAGUGCCCAGAUGAGUGUUGAUGGACGCACCGUAAGCCUGAACCUGUGGGACACAGCGGGUCAGGAGGAGUACGACCGGCUGCGCACACUCUCUUACCCUCAGACCAACGUGUUCAUUAUCUGCUUUUCUAUCGGUAGCCCGUCAUCAUAUGCCAACGUCCGACACAAGUGGUUCCCGGAGGUGUCGCACCACUGCCCCAGCGUGCCUGUGCUGCUUGUGGGAACCAAGCGCGAUUUGCGCAACGACACCGAAACCAUAAAGAAGCUAAAGGAGCAGAACCUGGCGCCCACCACACAGCAGCAGGGCACGACGCUGGCAAAGCAGAUCAACGCCGUCAAGUAUUUGGAGUGCUCCGCUCUGCUACAGGAAGGCGUCAGGGAAGUUUUUGCUGAGGCUGUGCGUGCCGUUCUCUAUCCUGUCACCAAAAAGAAUUCCAAAAAAUGCGUCCUCUUGUAGUUUGGCCUAGGGGACAGGCGGAAAGGACUUGGAGAGCUCAGUGGACAGACAAAUGAUCCUGGUGUUGGUAGCCAUUUCUCCAUUUCUCUGUUUUUAACCACUCUAGGUAUUGUUUUUGGCUCCCUGAAUUAUUUUUCUUCAACAUUCACCAAAUUAUGCACUCUUUACUGGAACUGAAGAAACAGCUGUUGAUUUCAGAACCACUUUCCCUUUUGCCCUCCUUUGUCUCCUUGGAACGCUCUGGUUGUCAAGAUCUCUCGCACUUACCUCAUGGUUAAAAAUGGAAUUUCAAGAUACAUGGCAAUAUUUUUUUAGAAUGAAUCAAAGCAAUACAGAAACAAAGUUACCUAAGCUUCUGACUCGAGCAGUGUCUGAGGAGAGAAACAACUUUUUCUACUGCCUGAAGUUUUUGUCCUUUUUGUGCCUCGCAGGUUAGCUCAGAUCCUGACACACACACAAAAAAAACAAUAUGAGGCAUUAUAUGUAAUAUUUAUACACAUACAGGGAUCUUAACAACUGAGAAUAAUAAAGCAAAAACCUCUUUAGACAUUGUAUUUUACUAUUACCCAAAAUGUCAUAUUCUUUAUUUUUAUUUUUUUUUUUCAAUGUUUUUUUUUUUGGCUUCUGUGAAAUGAGGCAUUAGAAAGGUGUGCCAUUAUAUUGAGACAUAUUUGUCUUAUAAACAUGGUCACACCAUCUUUGAAUGAAACAAAAGAAAAUGCAACCCAAUACAGUGGCUACAUGAACGUACACAAACAGUUAAAGAUUUUUCACAAGUCUUGUCUUGUAAAAAUGAUUAGUGUUAUCAGAUCCUUGUAUGCCGGAAGCUCACACUUCCUAUUUUGUCUUCCCUCCAUCACACAAAACAGUGUCAAUCUAUUACAUGACAUACUGACAUAUUUGUGUCUAGCGCUGCCUCACUACUUUAAUUCCAAGUGCCUGACUUGAUUUUGGAUUUGAUCCAUAAUCCCGCCUUUUCCUGUGAAUCGUCAGAAGCCUUACAAUGGAAUUGACUCCGAGUCGCUUCAUCUAGGAAUUGAGUCCUUGAAUCCUGUGAACAAGUGAGCACACAUUUCAGUGCCCUGUACAGAGAGACAAGCAAAGUACUAAAAGAAAAUAGAGCGUUUGUCCUCUCUAUUCAAAGGUUUAGUGCCAGGCAUUUGUGACUGCUUCAUUCUUAACCCUUAGUAAUGAUUCAUUCUGAAUCACAGCUUUUCACAGUGAGUCAGUGCUUAGCCCCAGCAGGUAUGAAUGACAGCAUGCAUUUCUUUCCAUAGGCAUUAUUCAAAUACACCAAACUCAUUUCAUACUGUACAUGCUUAAAUUUGGAGAAACAGGAAUGUCUCCAAAUGCCUGUAGAGCUUACAAAAGCAGUCACAACUAGAAUGAUUUUUGACACAUUAAGUAUCUUGUUUCACUUAUUUUUUUCUGAUUGAUAAUUGACAUUUCAGUCCAUAUUCUCGUUAAAGUUUCACUUUCCUGCAAAUGAUGGCGAGUGCUUGCUGCUGUGUUUGUGUAAAGCUAGGUGUGUAUUAGAAUAUAAUACAAACAUCAAGAUUCAGCUUUUGCUUAGCAAAAGAAUGAGUGUAUGGAUGCAGGGGGUUUUACACUCUGAAGUUUUCAUUAUGUGUGCUCUGUAAAGAGCAGCUUCACUAAGACUGCCAUUAAAAGCCAAAAAUCACCAAUUGAUCAUCUGUACUUGUGAAAUAAUUCAGAUUGUCUUUGUUUUUUUUUUCUUCUUCCGAAUAUGCUAUGUGCUAAAAAAAAGUUAAAUUAGCGGUUGACGUUUUUUUUUUUUUUUUGGACAAAUUGCAUUACAUAAGCCUAUGCAUGAGUGAAGCUUUAUUCCUUUAUUUUGAUGUAUCUCAGCAGCAUUUAUUAUAAAUACCAUGUGGUUGCAACUUGAUCACGUUACAGCGCCUGCACAUUUAAUCGCCAUCUUGGGUUUGUGGCUGAUGCAAAGAACUGACAUUGCUGAACAGUAGCGUGGUUUCAAAAGUGAAGUGGUACUUGGAUUAUUUUGUUUGUUUUGUGCGUGCUGAAAAUGUUGCACAUUUCUCUACGUAUCAAGGCUUACUUGCUGUGUCUCCGUGUUAGUCAGGCUUCUCGAAUGCUAAUAGUUUAUAAUUUUAUAUAUUUUUUUAAUUUAGAUUUUUGACUACAAUACUCAGCCAAAGAGUGCCUUUGGAUACAAAGAUAUCAGACUGAGAGCACAUUGAGACAGCGGACCUGUUCUAUUGUACUCUAAGCGUAAUAAACAUCCAAGCCGUUUCUUAUUGUUGCCUUUAGUCUAGUCUUUAUUAAAACAAAUUCCUCUGUGCUAAGACUAUUGAACGGUUUUGGUUUUGUCAGUGAGGAAAAGCCCUCAGAAAACCGUGGAUGCAUCACAUCUUUGUUGGUCUGUCUGCUUUGGUGUAUUUGGUACUGCAUUUAUACACUGGGAACUUGAUUUUUUUUUGACAAAAUUGUCAUUUUUAUAACAAACAUUUGUAUAAAUGAACUAACAGUGUAAUGACUUUAAAUUAUGCUAAAUAAAACUAUAAUUUACA